CAGAAUACGUGGAGUUAAAGGUACCAAAAAAGUGAUUUUAGUUAAUAAAAAGAGAGAGGUAAUAGAAAGAAUGUGAAAUGACCUGUAUUUAUAUUUUUUUGUUAUUACAGCGUAUUGAUGCGUUACUGCAAUGUGGGAUAUGCUACGAUUACAUGGACACGAGUGUAAUAACCUCUUGCUCUCACAGUUAUUGUUCGUUGUGUAUUAGGAAGUAUCUGCAUCACAAGACCCAAUGUCCAAUUUGUUUUGAGGAAAUCUUUGAGAAAGAUUUAAGGAAGAACAAACUAGUGGAUGAGAUUAUCAUUCAAUACUUGAAUUUUAAAGAAAAACAUGACGAAAAAUAUCAUAAAAAAUUAAUUACUGUCAAAAACGCAAAUUCUGGAGUUGAGUGUAAGAACGAACAAGACAUUCUUAAUGUAUCAUGCAAUCAUUUGGAUAAUUCAAUGCUUAUGUCUGGUAAUACCACACCUCCCAGACAAAAAGACAAUCAGCAAGAUGUGUCUACUCCUAGCACUAGUACAGAUUCUAGAAUUCCUUCAAUAUUUACUCCAAAGAGUAGAAAGGGUUUUCAAAAAGAGGAAAAUCGUCAGAUAGUUAACUGUCCAGUGUGCAAAGUGGAAGUGCCCCAAAGUAAUAUAAAUAGGCAUUUAGAUGAUUGUUUAAGGAGGGAAAAUACAAAGGAUCAACCUAAAAAAAGUGAACUGAAACGUAAACCACUGCCAAAAUUAGUAUAUAGUUUAAUGAAAGAUAAUGUCAUACGAAAAAGACUGAAAGAAUUAGGUUUGUCAUCUCAAGGAGAUAAAAAAGCAUUACAAAAUAGACUACAGAGAUAUACAAUUCUUUAUAAUGCAGAAUGUGAUAAAAUGUUUCCAAGACCUAUAUCAGAAUUAAUUAAGCAAUGUGAAGAAGAAGAGGAUUUGGAGAAGAAAGUACAAAAGUCAAAUAGUAUUUUUUCGAAUAUCACUAGAAACACUGAAGAUAAUAUUAUAGAACAAAAGAGAAAAGAGUAUUUGGCUACAAAUAAGGAAAGUUUUGACAAAUUAGUUGUAAGACUAAAACAUAACAAUGAUCCACAAAAAAUUUCUGUUGAACGCAACAUAUUAAAUGAAGAAAAUUCAGAUGUUUUACAUAAUGAUUGUGUUACAGAAAACAAACUGACUUUUGAAGAUCGUCAAAUAAGUAAUUUUCUGUCAUUAGAUUCUAUUAAUUAUAUUGAAGACUCGAAUUCGAACAUGUCUUAUCCUUUGCAAUCUAGAAAAUGUCCUAUGGAUUUUGUAACUGUUGAACUAGAUACUUUAUCUAACGAUGAUCAAUGUGUUUUUAAUCAUGAUAUUUCAAAUAAUUCAAAUAUAACUAGCCCGGAUUCAUUUAAUCCUACUAUAAAAAUGGAAAAUAUAAAAACCGAAGAAUUGUCUUCUGAAAGUAUUUUAAAACAUGAAAAAAUAACUUCUAAUAAUCAUCCGAGACAAUGUGAUGUUUUGAAGAAUGAAAUAGGUAUUGAUAUUGCAAAAUCAGUUUCUGAAAUUAUUAAUGUAGAAACAAAGAAUGAAGAACAAACGAGUUUAUUUAACAGAAAUAGAAGUAACACAAAGUAUAGCUCAAACAAACAUGUUGCACAUUUCAAACCUAGAGAUAGGUGGCAGAAAGAAUUACACGAUGAAAAUAUAGAUUUAAUUGUAGAUGAUGUUAACAACAUUGAGGAUAAUUAUGAAAAAUUAAACUACGAACAAUUAAAUGAAGUGAUGGAAGAGUAUGCUACUGGAACGAAAUCCGAAAAAGAAAAUAUGAAGACAGAUAAAGAUCUGACAACUUGGACUCCUAGAAAACGAGAACGCGAAAUGGCAUUUGCAUUAAGUGAUGAGGAAAAAAUUGCAGAUAGAACAAUGAAUGUGAAAAAGUCGCUUCGGCUUCGGCUUGGGCUUAGCGAGGCUAAAGGAUUUAAUAACGAAAAUUUCGGCGAAACUAUGCAGGAUGAAGGAAAAUCACAAAGUGAGAAGGAACAGUCGCAGAGAAUCUCGCAAGAAGUGAUUAUCUCCGAACAGUCGUCAGAGAUAUUAUCUGGAUGGCAUCUGCGAAUAUUUCUCGACGGCAGUCUUUUGUAAUCGAUUGAAGAUGACCCCUU